GAAGCAGCGGCGUUGUGUUUGACGGCUCGCUGAACUUCUUCAGCAUUUCCCCGCUAAUGCAAGCUUGCGUCAUAGCACGCGACACGCGCACUGGAGUUGAUCCCUCCUAUUUGAUGGUGAUUGCUGCGCAGACAUCCGCGGGUGGCGCGCUGUAUGUGGAGCAGGGAUGCAUGGUCAUUGAACACAGCGGAAAAGAUGCGAAGGGCCUAACGAUCUACGACAACGGCUCCAUCACCGCCCAUGGUGGUGCCUUGGACAUCCAGGGCAAUGUGUGGUCAUCGGGUCAGAUGGCUUUCAAGGGCUGCCACUCAGAUGAAUCAGGCGGUGCAGCUAUGAUCAGGGGGUCGUUGACUCAAAACGGUGGGCGUAUGAGUUUCGACGCUUGCACGGCCAUAGCGACAGGAGGCGCAGUAUUCGUCGGUGGAAGCCUCAAUUCUGAUGGCAUCAUGGUGUUCAACGGUUGCCAAGCAGGAGAAGAAGGUGGUGCAGUCAUGACCUCCGGCGACUUCAAACACCUAGCCGGGCGCAUGAACUUCAUCUCGUGUAAUGCAGCAGCGCGAGGAGGUGCGGUGGCUGUCUACGGAAGCUUGUUCGUGCAGGGUAUCAUGGAGUUCAGCGGCUGCGAAGCCAAAGAAGGCGGCGCAGCGAUGGUCGACAUGGACAUCACACAAGCUGCAAAGAGUAGGAUGAGCUUCGAUGCGUGCGCUGCUGCAGUGAAAGGAGGCGGUGCCAUCAUGGCCUCCGGCGACUUCAAACAAAUAGCAGGGCGCGUGAAGUUCACUUCGUGCACUGCCAUGACCAAAGGUGCUGUCAGUACGGAUAACUUGGUUACUUCGGGCUUCAUGGACUUCGACGGCUGCAAUGCGGAAGAAGAAGGUGGUGCUGUUAUGGCCUCCGGCGACUUCAAGCAGUUAAACGGGACCGAAGCUGGCGGCGCGCUCUACCUCCAGCAGGGCCUGACAAUGAUAUCCGGUGCUGUGACUGAUGGAGGGGGGCUCUACGUUCACAGCGGCGGUCUGCUUCAAGAAGGUGGUAACAUCAAGCUGCGAUCAAGUCAUUCGAAUGAGGGCCGAGGUGGUGGUCUCAUGAUAGCUGAUGGUGGCCUACGGCAGCUUGCUGGCGACAUCAGCUGCCAAAAUUGCAGCGCAAAGACUGGUGGAUGUCUUGCAGUCGGAAGUCGUGCGAGAGUUACAGCUGGGGUUCAUUUGCGCGGCUCCAUCGUAGCGCGCAAUUGUGUAGCGACAGCAGGCCAUGAGCGCGAGUGGAGAGGUCUUGCGUAUAGUAAUUAG